CUCAGUUCCUCUGGACAUGGACUCUACAAGGUGUCGAAACUGUUCCACAGGGAUGCUGGCCCAUGUUGACUCCAAUGCUUCACACAGUUGUAUCAAGUUGGCUGGAUGUCGUUUGGGUGGUGGACCAUUCUUGAUACACACGGGAAACUGAGUGUGAGAAAUUCAGCAGCGUUGCAGUUCUUGACACACUCAAACAGGUGGAUGAUUGACUGAACAGGAAGUGAAUGCUAGAUGCACCAGUCACUGAUCUCACACUGUCAACAGCAGAAGAGCAGAUGGAUGUAGCUAUCUGGCCAUCGUUAAGUUGACAGGACCAUCCUGGAUUGUGUACCACAGUGGAAUUACCAUACUACUGGUCAGCAGACAAGUAAUGGACAUGCACAAGGAUUCCUCAUCUAUGGAUUUCAAUGGAGUGAUUUUUGUCUGAUCAAAACAUUUUCUAUAGAAGGCCAAGGCUUUCCCUACAAAAUAUAAGGAGCUAAUAUUCUGGUCACAUUUUUACUGAGAUGUUAUUGUUUUCCAACGGCUUGAAGUGGAGCCUGUAAUUGUGAUGAAGACACAGCCUGUUUCUGUUCAUCAGAGCAACCCAGUGUUCAUCCUGUUAUAGCCAAGAAAUCUCCAGGGGAGGAAUUCUUCUCAGACAUCCCUUGGAAAUAUGAAUUUUCAAUAAGGGGCUUCUCUGUUUUUCGCUUCCCUGAAAAUUUCAUUUUUGUCUACCACUACACCAUGUAUCUAUCGAUGCAGAAGAACUUCAGGGCAUUUACUGUGUUAGCCUUUAUUGUAACUUUCACCAUGUUCCUCUUCAGUUUCACGUUGAGAGAUCCCUCUCUGUACUUCUUCAAAUAUGCCAUAGGCAAGUCAGACAGCUUCUUCUCUAACGGCCAGUGUGGCUGUCGAGAGUGUAUGACAGAGCUGGAGGACGACCCCUGGUUCACUGAGCGGUUCAACCUGUCAGUCCACCCUCUGAUGUCUAGGAGGAACAGCCUGCUGACUAACGACACAUACCACUGGUGGCAGCGGUUGCAGGGACAGAAGGACCCGGCCAACUUCGGCGAGGUGGUGGAGAAGUUGUUCCAGGUCAUCCCUGAUGAUGACGACCUCUACAAGGAUGCGGGGCCUGAGCGCUGUAGGACCUGUGCUGUGGUGGGGAAUUCUGGGAACCUCAAGGGCUCCCGCUACGGACCCCUCAUCGACUCCAGUGAUGUCAUCAUCAGAAUGAACAUGGCUCCUACCUCUGGCUUUGAGGAGGAUGUUGGGAGCCGGACCACGCAUCACGUCAUGUACCCAGAGAGCGCCAUAGAUCUGGACAACACCACCAGUCUUCUACUCAUCCCCUUCAAGACUCUGGACCUGCAGUGGAUCACCAGUGCCUUGACCACCGGCUCCAUCAACGAAACAUACGUUCCUGUCCGGUCCAGGAUUAAGGCAAACAAGAACAGGGUGCUGGUAUACAGCCCAACCUUCUUUAAAUAUGUCUAUGACACAUGGCUGGAGCGUCAUGGCCAGUAUCCCUCCACUGGCUUCCUCAGCCUAUUGUUCGCUGUGCACAUCUGUGAUAAGGUGAGUGUGUACGGGUUCGGAGCGGACCGGUAUGGGAACUGGCACCACUACUGGCAAAAUGAUUACCAAGGAGGCGAUUUCCGCCUAACCGGGGUGCAUGAUGCGGACAUUGAGUACAACGUCACCAUGCUUCUGGCUGACAAACACAAGAUCAAUAUUUUCAAAGGCUUCUGAUAUCUGGAGAUGUCAUUGGCCUGAGACCAUCAAGCCUCAUCAGCCUAAAUCCUGUCGACUCAGGGAUUACCCACUGGGGAUAAACUGGUUGAAAUAACAUUGUUUCAACGGAAUUUGUCUAUGUAUCAUGAUGUGGAAUGCAUGUGUAAAAUGUAUUGGAUUUGCAAAAAGUAAUCAAUGUAAACAAUUGUUUUAAGGGUGAAAUUUCAACCAGGAUUAUGUCAUGGUAACCUAUUUUUAAGACACAAUUUAUAUAAAAUGUUACAUUUGUAUCUUUUUGUAACAAUGUCAGAUCUUUAAUGUUAUAUUCACUAUCAGACCCCCCCUCCCCCCCGACACACACACAAAAAGUAAAGUGUUAGUUGUGAACUAACCCUUUAACUUUUUUCCCCCUGACUAGCUCUGACUUCGCUGAUAGCUACUUCUUUGUGGAUAAAUGUACUUACUGUGAAAUGUGGUUGUCCCUACUGUGAUAUGUGGUUGUGCCUUCUUGCUAUCUUAAGAUGAAUGCACUAAAUAUCUGUGUCGCUCUGGAUAUGAGCGUCUGCUAAAUGACUAAAAUGUAUAAACUAAAUGGAUUAACUUUCGCUAUUUGGAAGCCAUUCCAAAGGGUAGGUUUAACAAUGUAAAGGAAACGUAACCAUACUUUAUCAAUCGGAUACCAUCAAUGAUGCUAUUUAGGUCUAUAUAGCAUUUGCAAAGUCAUCAACAGCUAUUGUUUCAAUUCAACCCAGGAUUCAACUAAAAAUAGACAAUACAUAUCGGCAAAUGGUUUGAAUCUUUUGGUUAAUUUAAAAGUUAAUAAUGUAUGGGGGGGGGGGUUGCUCUAAGCUGACAUGGAAUUGUUUUAGAUGGUCAUACUAUGAAUCCCUUAGCUAUUUGAUUUAGAAUUUUAGAACUCCUUUAGGUAUAACAUCAUUUGAUAAAUGAUUGAUUUUGGCCUUUACUACUAAAGCACAUUGAUAAAUGGCAAAAAGUAACAAAAUAAAUCAUAAGAAACAA